GAAAUUCACACAGAGGUCGCGAGGUCGACUCAGCUGACCAACCUCUCGUGCGUAUUACGGAGUGAAGCGCGUGCGCCCUGAGCUGUGAAAUAAAUAACGCCGAUUUUUACCUUCUCACGAAACGUGAUAUUCAACAAUAUAUCGCAGAAAUAGAGCCUUGUAAUAUUUGAAAGAUGGCAGAUACAGAGCAAAGGAGUCCACCUCCUCAGCCUCAGACUGGACCUGUGCAAUUCCUCUUGAGUAAUAAGCUGGAAACAGCUAUGUGGCUGUCACGGCUGUUCACCGUCUACUGCUCCAUCAUGUUCAUUCUGCCACUGCUUGGGCCUCAAGCAGCUACUAACUUCUAUCAGAGGGCAUUGCUGGCAAACGCCUUGACCAGCGCUCUGCGUUUGCACCAGAGACUUCCUCACUUUCAGCUGAGCAGAGCCUUCCUGGCCCAGGCCUUACAGGAGGACAGCUGCCACUAUCUCCUCUACUCCCUCAUCCUAGUCAACUCCUACCCUAUCACAAUGAGCAUUUUUCCAGUGUUCCUCUUCUCACUUCUCCACGCCACCACCUACACUAAAAAAGUCCUUGAUACCAUGGGUCCAAACAGCCUUAUGUUUGUGAGGAACUUUUUGAACAAGCUCACAGCCAAUCAGCAGAACAUCCUAAAGUUUAUUGCUUGCAAUGAGAUCUUCUUGAUGCCAGCUACAGUCUUCAUGCUCUUCAGGUGAGGACUGACGUUCA